AUGCUAACAUCCCCAAUCCAACAUCAACCUCUAUUUACCAACAUUCCAUUUCAACCAAACUACUUCCAACAACAAUUACCACAAUCUCAAUUCCAAGGUUUUCAACAAUUUCGACCCCAACAAUUCCAAACACAACCAUCUCAACAAUUCCAAACACAACCAUCUCAAGUCCCUUGUCCUCAAUCCCCAACUAUAAACUUGGACAACGACGAGGACGACCGGUUCGAAGAGACACAACCAUCUAGGCGUAGGAAAUCAAAAGGAAAAGCUACAAAUAGAAGAGGAACAACUUGGAUCGAAGAGGAGGAGGAAGCUUUAGCUAAAGCUUGGAUUUCUAUAUCGUGUGACUCAAGGACGGGCAACGCGCAAACGAGAACCAGUUUUUGGGUUCGUGUUUUAGAUCACUUUCACUCACUUUUGGGAAGGCAAACGGGUCGAACGUACGACGCGGUCAACGGAAAAUGGCGUGAACUACGAGCGGCGUGCACCAAGUUUAAUGGCAUAUUUGAAAAUCUGAAAAAUAUGCAUAAAAGUGGUAGCAACGAUUUCAAUAUUUUAUCAACUGCAUGCCAACAAUUCAAAGUUACCACCGGCGGUAAAGCGUUCGGCCACUAA